ACCAAAAAAAAGAAAAGAAAGAGGAUCGAGUUGAGAAUUUACGAACGAACCUGAAAGAUGUUGAGCAACGAUUAACGCAGAAAGAGGCACAAGAAGAAAAUUUACGAUCAGACCUAGAGCAGAUGGAGCAAAGGAUGAAAAAAGAAUUAACACAAAAGGAAACAAGAGAAAAUGAGUUGCGUGACCAGCUUAGGGAAAGGAAGGAGCAGGCUGUUGACUGUCAGAGACAUUUGAGCGGGAUGGAACAGCAAUUGUCAGAAAAAAACAACCAAAAGGAAACUUUAUUGAGACAACUUAGAGAAAUGGAACAACGAUCGAGAGAGGUUACAGCGGAGAAUGAGAUGAGAGAAAACGAGUUUCGUGAACAAAUCAGAGAGAGAGAGCAAGAACUGAGGGAGAUGGCACAUCAGUUAACUGCGAAGGAGCAAAAAGAGGAGAACUUACGCAUGCAAAUGGAUGGAAUGGAACAGCAAUUGUCAGAAAAAAACAACCAAAAGGAAACUUUAUUGAGACAACUUAGAGAGAUGGAACAACGAUCGAGAGAGGUUACAGUGGAGAAUGAGAUGAGAGAAAACGAGUUUCGUGAACAACUCAGAGAGAGAGAGCAAGAACUGAGGGAGUUGGCACAUCAGUUAACUGCGAAGGAGCAACAAGAGGAGAACUUACGCGUGCAAAUAAGGAUGCACUUAAUGGAACAACGGCUGAGAGAAGAAAUGAUAGAAGAAGCUACUAGGCUUGGUGAGCAGCUUAGAGAAAGGGAUCAACAAAUAGAAAACUUUCAGAUGCAGUUGCAAGAGUUACGUGAACAACUCAGAGAAAAGGAUCAGCAUUUAGCAAACGUUCGAACGCAGAUGGAAGAGCAAGAACUACCCAGGAAAGAUUUUCGGCACCAACUUGGAGAAAUUGUAGCAGAAAAUGCAAAUCUACGACAACAGCUUGUUAACCUCGAGAAUCAAACCGGAUCACAGUCCAAUGAUUGGGUAAUUUCCCGGGUUGAUAUUCAGUUGACUGGUAAAAGCCUUGGAGUUGGAGGGUGGGGCGAGGUUUUCGAGGGCAGGUACUGUGACUGUUCUGUUGCUGUGAAGCGAAUCCAUGAGGCAAUUAAUUCGCCUCACAACCUGAGUUUGUUCCACAGAGAAAUUGAUAUUGCUUCAAGAUGCCGACACCCUUGCUUGCUACAGUUUAUCGGAGCGACUGAUGACGAGGAAAUUCCAUUGUUUGUUACUGAGCUAAUGGAAUCAAAUUUGCGCGAGCUACUGGGACAACGACCUCUUUCGCGCAAGGAAAUCACCGUCAUUUCGCUCGAUGUGGCUCGAGCGUUGAACUACCUCCACCAAAAGAAACCUUUUCCCAUUUUUCACCGCGAUGUUAGUAGCGGCAAUGUGCUGCUAUGGCGACAGGCUAGCCAGUGGCGAGGCAAAGUGUCAGAUUAUGGUUCUGCUAAGUUUGAGGAACGGUUCAUGUCAAUUGGCCCAGGAUGUUUCGCCUACAGUGCGCCUGAAGCGCAGAGACCAGCAAAGCAUACAGCAAAGAUUGAUGUCUACAGUUUCGGUGUUCUCCUCUGUGAAAUGUGCAUUCAGACAUUCCCAGAUUAUCAAAACCGUGAACGUCAAAUCGCUCAGAUGACAGACCAGCUAUUGCAAGACCUCGUCCGCCGAUGUGUGCGGUAUGAUCCCAUUGAAAGACCAGACAUGACAGAGAUUAUCAGUACAUUGGAAGAGUUCAAUAAAACGUUAAUGGAAAUUGACAAUGUUCAGAAGGAGAAACCCCGAGAUAAACACUCCGAGUACUACAUCGUCCGCUUUGAUCCAUUUCAGGAGCUGAUUCAGGGAGAGUUAUUGCAAACUUUAUCAAGCUCAUACGAUUUUAAUGUGAAAUCAUUUGUCCCUGUUUACCCUGCUUGCCAAGGAGGGCAUAAGACGAGGGUAAUAGUACGUUCCACCAGCAACGAAGCAUUUACCCGACUCUCAAACGAAGAUGCUAAUUUACUUUUGCCUUGUUCCUCACCUGAAUCAAGGUAUCAAGUACUUAGUCAGCAAGGAAUGGUUGUAUUUGGCCGACGUCUUCAGCCGGGAACGGAAGUGCUUGUCUCCGUUAAAGAAUGCCCAUGGAGUUUAAAUGACGAGUUUAUGAGUGCUAUCGUGAAGUACAAGGGUGAAUUGCCGUCUGAAACUGGAACCUUUUUCGGUUUGGAAUUGAAGAGUAGCAACCAUGCAAAGGGAAAUUCUGUCGGCAGUCAUUCAGCAAAACCGUCUUUCUCUUGGGCAUCACCAACUGGUAUUUUUGUUGGACUGGACAGGCUAAAGCCUUUACACUUAGAUGCAGAAGAACCUGACUAUCCAGAACCAAGGGAAUUCCAAGCUUAUAAAAUACACCUACAGUCUGUUACAAGAAGGCAUGAUCCACUUCAUAUACCCCAAAAGAGAGCUGACAAAGCAUCAGUACAGACUGGUAAAAACAUCGUGACUCUUGUCGUGGAUGUUCCAUCCAGAGAAACUAAACUACAAAAGAAUAAAGAGGGAUCUAUAGAGAUAGGCCUGCCUCUGGAUGAGAGGGCUGCUACAGCUGAAACUGGAAAAGGAAAUGCUAAGAAGUUGUUAAGGAAUGAAGAGCAAAUUGAGGAAAUUGAAACACACCCUGAUACAAAGUCAUCAGAGCAUCAAGGAAUCUAUUCAGUUGUGCAGUCGGCGGAAAUAAGACUAGUAGAAAAUCAGCCGAACACAUCCAAAAGAAGAAAAGAGAAAACGAACCAAGAAAAGGAGCCUAGACAGAAAGAGGUACGAGAAGAAAUGUUUCGAACAGACUUGAGAAAAAUGGAGCAGAGGAUAAGAAGUCAAUCGGAAAUAGAAUCGACAGUAACUGCGUUAAUCCGACAGCUCGAGGAAGGGGACCGGCGAGUGAUUACUCUUCAGAAGCAACUAAGGGAGACGAAUCAACAGUGUUUAGAAAGAGAGGAACGAGUAGAAAUCUUACGAACAGACUUGAAUGAGGUGAAGCGCGAGUUAAAAAAUAAAAUGAUGGUGAAUGAGGCAAGAGAAAAUGAGUUGCAUCAACAGCUCGAAGAAAGGGAUCAGCAAAUAGAAAACCUUCAGAUACAACUGCGGAAGCUGGAACGGCAGCUGAGAGAGAAAGACAAAAGAGAAGAACUAUUACAAAGAGAUCUAAAAGAGAUGGAGCAACAAUUGCAAAACGAAAUGACGAAGAAAGAGUCGAAAGAAAGGUACCUACAUAAACAGCUGCAAGGAAGAGAUCAGUAUAUAGAAGACAUUCAAGAAAAACUGAGGGAGAUGGGACAACAGUUGAGACAGGAAGAAGAACGAGAUGAAAUUUUCCAGGUGCAGCUUAAAGAGAUGGAACGACGACUGAAAGAGGAAGAAACUACGUUUAAUAUACGGCUCAAAGAUAAAAACCAGCAAAUAGAGAACUUGCAGAAACAGUUGGCUGAGAAAGAAGAACGAGAGCAAAGGUGGAAAGAAAAAAUAAAGAAAACUGAAACGAGAGAAACAUGGUUUCGUGAUCAGCUUAUUGAAAGAACCCAACGAGUAUCAAACAUUCAAAGAAAGUUGAGUAGAAAGGAGCUGGAGUGCAGAGAGAAAGAAGAACGAGAAGAAAAUUUACGAACACAUCUUGGCGAGUUACAGCAGCAGUUACGGGAAAGGGAAAAUUUGCAGAGACAGGUCACGGAGAUGGAAGACCGAUGGAGGAAUGCUCAACGACAACUUGCAGAGAGAGAAGGGGAAAGUGCUAAUUUAAGGCAACAAGUUGCGAAUCUGGAGGAUAAAUUGGAGUCACAGUUCUGCGACUGGAUUAUCCCUCGAGAUGAGAUUCAAAUAUCGGAUAUCACUCUUGGAGCUGGAGGCUGGGCAGAGGUGUUUGAAGGCAGGUAUUGUGGGUGCUCCGUCGCUGUCAAACAAAUGCACGAAACCAUCGUUUCUCCUCACAACCAGAGUGUGUUCUGGCGAGAGAUUGACAUCGCCUCAAGAUGCCGCCAUCCUUGCUUACUGCAGUUUAUCGGAGCAACUAACGACGAGGGAAUUCCCCUCUAUGUCACGGAGCUCAUGGAAACAAGUUUGAGGCAACGGUUAGAGGAGCGACCUCUUUCCAAGGCCGAAAUAUCUGUUAUUGCUCUGGAUGUGGCUCAAGCUUUAAACUACCUUCACCAAAAGAAACCUUCUCCGAUUAUCCACCGUGACAUCAGCAGUGGCAAUGUGUUGCUAUGGCGACAAGGUAAUCGAUGGCGAGGGAAAGUUUCUGAUUACGGCGCCGCCAAAUUCAAGGAAAAGAAGAUGUCAAUUGGUCCUGGCUGUUUUGCCUACAGCGCUCCCGAAGUAAAUAAAUCUUCGAAUCAGACGGCGAAGAUUGAUGUCUACAGUUUCGGUGUUCUCCUGUGUGAAAUGUGCUCCUUUAAGCAGUUUCCAGACCCACAAAAGCGCCUAGCGCAAGUAAAUAUGGUAAGAGACCAUGGCCUGCGACAACUCGUGCGUCGAUGUCUGAAGACAAAUCCCAGGGAAAGACCAGACAUGACAGAGAUCAUAAGUGAACUGGAGAGGUUGCGUUGAAAGCGACAGUUAGGUCAUAGCCUUUUUAUUCGAUGCCUGGCUUUGCAAGUUCUCUCGUAUCUUGUUGUCG